UCUGGCGCACGGUCCUUUCCAGUAUUUCCCCGGCGUUUGCGAGAAAUCUGUCGAAGCUUUUAAAGCUUGAGCGCGCUCACGCGAACUUUGAGGCUUUCUCUUUGCGAAUUAAACUUGUGAAAAUCGUUCGAAAGUGUGUUCAGUGACUUAUUUACAUUUUGUGGCCCAAGUGAAAAUUGUGUGUGAACUUGUGCCGUUUCACAAAAUGCAUGCAGUUUUCGUCUUUAUUGUUACCCUGGCUCUGCUUGUCUUGGCUUCUGUUGCCUGUCCUAGUACACGCCGGCGCCGUAUACAUGCACAAAACUAUCCUGGACUGACCGACCAGGAUAUUCUCCAAGAGGGAAAACCAGCAACUUUCGUAACUCCAGGCCAGACUUACCGCAUAGCCACCGGAAGCACUGUGGUUCUGCCUUGUCGAGUUACUCCUGCGGGUGCUUACGUGUUAGCGUGGAAAAGAGGCAUAGCCGUGUUGACGGCUGGCCCUGUCAAGGUCACACCAGAUAAGAGGGUGAGACUGUUGCAGUCUCCAGUGAGCACUUCAAGCUUAACCGGAAUACCGGAACUAUCUGGCGAAGGAUAUAGUUUGGAAUUGAAGGAUGUUAGGCCGCAAGAUGCCGGAGAUUAUGUGUGCCAAAUUGGAACAAUGGAGCCAAGAGAAAUUACACAUACUUUAGAGAUAUUGGUGCCUCCUCGAAUCCAUUACGUGUCUCACAGUGGUCCAUUGGAGGUCCUCCAGGGUGCCACAGUGAAGAUGGAAUGCCGAGCGUCUGGCAAUCCAGUGCCAACAGUUGCCUGGACCAGAAAGAACAAUGUUUUGCCAAGCGGAGAGCGUUCGGUUUCUGGUUUAUCCCUCGUAAUUCAGCACGCCGACCGCCAUUCCGCGGGCCAAUAUCAAUGUUCUGCUGAUAACGGUGUCGGCCAACCUGACACACGUCAUAUCACCCUCAACGUUUUGUAUGGACCCGAAGUAGAAACAGAAAGAUCAACUGUACACACGGGAAUUGGACUCGAGGCGCAGUUAGUGUGUAUAGUUCAUGCUGAACCGUCCCCACAGGUGCUCUGGUUUAAGGAUACUGCCCAACUGGGCACAACUGAACAGCAUGCAGCACACGCAAGGGGCAACAGAUACACCCUCGUUAUUCGGAACGUUACGUCGGCGGACUUUGGAAACUACAGUUGUGUCGCAAGCAAUUCUCAUGGAAAAGGACGGGGACAAUUAACUUUAACAGGAACUGCCGGUUUAGCAGUUUUUGAUUCACCACCACUUGGCACCGAGAAAGAUACGUAUAAUAUCUCUUGGUCGGUUAACAGUCAUGCAGCAAUAACAGAGUAUCGUCUCUUUUAUCGUCAACAACCACAUCAUCACCAUGGUCAUCAUCAGGAACUAAUUUUUAAUAAUUCUAAAAUGAUAUAUCGCAACGACUGGAACAGUGUUGUACUUCCUGGGGCUGGGGUCACUAAUCUACAGAUUCCAUUGCCACCGCCAUUUCCAGGAGUAACUCGUCAAAAGAUGUGGUACACUGUGAGAUCUUUACACCCGUCCACUACUUACGAGGCUCGGGUGCAAGCUAGAAAUCAACAUGGAUGGAACAAAUUGUCCCCCAUUUUCCACUUUACUACAAGAUCUAACGACAUGGAAAAUAUGGUCGAACCCUCCGCCCAGCCCGCUGUUUAUGGAAUCAGUCAACAAGGGAUGGCACCAUUUAGCAGUGGCGUUCGUGAAAAACUUUCGUCUGCAUUCAGUUUGAUUGUGGUGUUAGUGGUGCAUUUGUUUUAAAGUAAAUUGUUAGACGAGUGCAAGUGAAUUUUAAACCAAAGUGUUGUUUUAAGAGAAAACGAAACCACGCAAUGUUAUUUUUUAAAACUUUGUGAUAACAUGUGGAAACGAAAUGAAAACUAUCUGAACGUAAGUUUUUAAUGUGUGAAGUGACUGCCAAUUUAUUUCCGAUGUUGCUUCUUCAAUGUGUAGAUAAGAAGUUUAUUCAUCUUGAUAUAAUUCACGUUUAGAUAUUUAUCCAUAGAAGUGGUCAUUUUUAGACUAUAACCCAAAAGUACUUUCUUUCAAAGUGGAGGUUCAAGUCGUUUACUAUGUGUACUAGUUCCUCAUAGGACUAAUUCUCUAUCGUUAUCACUCCAUGGUGUCUUUCCCUAUCGUUGUUUACAAACCAUGUUUUUGGGUUACAACUAUGAUUAUAAAAUGUAAGUUAAUCUUUCUUUCAUUUUUCACAGCUUUUUUGCGUGCACAUAUUAUACGUAAAUGUCAUUGUAUAUAAAGACUGAACUAUUUUUAUAAGAGUGCAAUAAGAUGUAUUAGCUCUAUAACUGUUUCGAUGAUAACGAUGUGAAAUACCGUGUAAAUAAAGCUUAAAUAGAAUAAUA